UGCUUCUGGCCACUCUUCAUCUCCUUCUCUACCAUCCCCAUUCAUCUCCCUCUCUUCACGAAUCAUGGCUACGACGAACUUGUCAUCCGCAAUGGACAUCGAUGAGCAGGCCAUCGACGAGGGCCUCUACUCUCGGCAGCUGAUUGCAACACAUGUAUCGCUGGAACUUAUGGGUCAUGUAGCGAUGAAGCGCAUGGCUGCUUCAAAUAUCCUGAUCGUCGGCGUGAAGGGCCUUGGUGUCGAAAUAGCCAAGAAUGUCGUCCUGGCUGGUGUCAAGUCCGUCACAAUUUACGACCCCGAGCCUGUUGAAGUCCAGACCUCAGCAGUCAAAGGACUCGGAAAGCCUCGCGCAGAUGUAGCCGUUGCUCGUCUAGCUGAGUUGAAUGCAUAUGUCCCGGUGCGCAACCUUGGUGGGCAGCCCGGCAAGGAGAUCACGGUAGACAUCAUCAAGGGUUUCCAAGUUGUUGUGCUCUGUGGCGCCAGCCUGCAAAAGCAACUCGAGAUCAAUGAUUGGACUCACGAGAAUGGCGUCCACUUCAUCGCGGCUGAGACCCGUGGUCUCUUUGGUUCGGCAUUGACCGGUAUGAUCGUUUCCGUCGAGCGGGAUAAGGAGGGUCUCGUCACUUGCUUGGAUGAGACGCGCCACGGCCUCGAAGAUGGCGACUUUGUGACUUUCUCUGAAGUGCAGGGCAUGAAUGAAUUGAAUGGCUGCGAACCACGCAAGGUCACCGUGAAGGGCCCGUACACCUUCGCUAUUGGCGAUACGUCCAACCUAGGCGAGUACAAGACCGGCGGUAUCUUCACUCAAGUCAAGAUGCCUAAAAUCUUCGAAUUCAAAUCUCUGCGCACGUCGUUGAAGGAGCCAGAGUUCUUCAUCACGGACUUUGCCAAGUUCGAUCGCCCCGCCAGCCUGCACGCAGGGUUCCAGACACUACGCUCGAAGGUCGUCGAGCUUGCCAAGAAGCUGGACGCUGACAUUGAUGAGAAGAUUGUCACCGAAUUGGCCUACCAGGCUACGGGCGACGUGACACCACUCGCAGCUGUCAUCGGUGGUUUCGUUGCCCAGGAAGUCCUGAAAGCGUGCUCUGCAAAGUUCACGCCCAUGGUCCAGCACAUGUACUUCGACUCCCUCGAGUCCCUCCCCAGCACCCUGCCCAACGAGGCCGACUGCCAGCCUAUUGGCUCUCGGUAUGACGGCCAAAUUGCUGUGUUUGGCAGGCACUUCCAAGAAAAGAUCGCGAACUACCGUCAGUUCCUAGUCGGCUCUGGUGCCAUCGGCUGCGAGAUGCUGAAGAACUGGAGCAUGAUGGGUAUUGGUUCGGGUCCCCAGGGCGUCAUCCACGUCACGGAUCUGGACACGAUCGAGAAGAGCAACUUGAACAGGCAGUUCUUGUUCAGGGCGAAGGAUUGGGCAACCGCUGUCGCAGACAUGAACCCCGACCUCAAGGGCAAGAUCAAUAGCAAGCAGGAGCCUGUUGGUCAUGACACUGAGAAUGUCUACGACUCGGACUUCUUCGCCGGUAUUGACGGUGUCACGAACGCUUUGGACAACGUGAAGGCUCGGCAAUACAUGGACCAGAGAUGCGUAUUCUUCCUCAAGCCACUGCUGGAAUCCGGUACUCUUGGAACAAAGGGUAACAUUCAGGUCGUUGUACCCCACUUGACGGAGUCGUACUCCUCGUCUCAGGACCCGCCAGAGAAGGAGACACCCUCAUGUACAGUGAAGAACUUCCCGAAUGCCAUUCAACACACGAUCGAGUGGUCAAGGACGGAGUUCGAUAACAUGUUCGUGAAGCCAGCACAGGCUGUCAAUGCUUACCUCUCCGAGCCGAACUAUCUCGAGAACAACCUCAAGUACUCUGGCCAGCAGAAGGAGCAGAUCGAGCAGAUCGUCUCCUACUUGGUCACCGACAAGCCCCUCACGUUCGAGGAGUGUAUUGUCUGGGCUCGGUUGCAGUUCGAGGAGAAGUACAACAACGCCAUCAAGCAGCUUUUGUUCAGCUUGCCGAAGGAUGCUGUGACGAGCACUGGCCAGCCGUUCUGGAGUGGUCCUAAGCGUGCACCCGACGCGUUGAAUUUUGACCCGAACGACCCGACCCACCUCCAAUACAUUAUCGCGGCUGCAAAUCUUCAUGCGUACAACUAUGGUCUCCGGGGCGAGACUGAUCCGAACCUCUUCAAGAAGGUCGCCGACUCAGUGCUGGUACCGGAGUUCCAGCCCCGCAGCGGCGUGAAGAUCCAGGUGAACGAAAAUGAGCCCGUGAACCAAGCAGGCAACACAGACGCAGACCCGUCUGACCUGAGUGGAUUGAUGAAGAAGUUGCCGCCCCCGUCUUCGCUCGUUGGGUACCGCCUGAACCCCGUCGAGUUCGAGAAAGACGACGACACCAACUACCACAUCGACUUCAUUACCGCCGCCUCCAACUUGCGUGCGAUGAACUACAGCAUCAAGCCCGCAGACCGUCAUACGACCAAGCAAAUUGCUGGCAAGAUUAUUCCCGCCAUCGCCACCACGACUUCUCUCGUCACAGGUCUGGUGUGCUUGGAAUUGUACAAGCUCAUUGACCACAAGCAGAAGGUCGAGGACUACAAGAACGGCUUCGUUAACUUGGCCUUGCCCUUCUUCGGUUUCUCCGAACCCAUCGCGCCGGCGAAGCAAAAGUAUGGGGACACCGAGUGGACUUUGUGGGACCGCUUCGCGUUCAACGGCGACCCGACUCUCCAGGAUAUCGUCAACUGGUUCAAGAAGGAGCACAACCUGGAUAUCACGAUGGUCAGCCAGGGUGUUAGCAUGCUGUGGAGCUCAUUCAUCGGCAAGAAGAAGAGCGAGGAGCGUCUGCCCAUGAAGUUCAGCAAACUCGUCGAACACGUCAGUAAGAAGCCAGUCCCUCCGCAUACCAAGCAUUUGAUCGUGGAAGUCAUGGUAUGCGACGAGAGGGUGCCGUUCCUCGUCGUGAACCUGUGAUGCGUCAAAGGAAGAAAGUGUACGGUCGAUAGAAGUGACAACAGGAUCUUGUAGCUAAUAUAAUACUGAUACGUCGACAUGAAUCGCAAACAACGCUGUAUUCUCUCAAUCUGCAUGACCGUUAUUCGAGGCGCACAUG